CACAAUCCUAACACGAGCUGUGCAAUUAUUGUGGUAAUGUCGCCUGUAGACUCAUCGAUUGGAUCACUAUUCAAUUUAGAUGCAAACAAAAAAGUAGCGAGUCUGUAGGCGGUAUGAGCAAGGUGUGUGAGGUGAGCGCGCGUGCGCCGGCCUUGAGCUCGGGGCGCGCGCGCAUCCCCGCGGCGACCGCGACCGUUCAGUUCAAACUCUACCGCCGCGUCCGGCAGACGCGGCUCACGUGUUUUACCACAGGAUAAUAUAAACAACCUUGUGUUUGUGCCUGUGACAUUACCCAGUGCGUGUGACCCAAAAAUCUGCCAAAAUGGUUGCCGGAGGCAAACAGAUGAACGUCCGUGUGACGACGAUGGACGCGGAGCUGGAGUUCGCGAUCCAGCAGACGACGACUGGCAAACAACUGUUUGACCAGGUCGUCAAGACCAUCGGCCUGCGAGAGGUGUGGUUCUUCGGUCUCCAGUACACCGAUUCCAAAGGCGACCUCACCUGGAUCAAACUCUACAAAAAGGUGAUGCAACAAGACGUAAAGAAAGAAAACCCACUACAGUUCAAGUUCCGCGCCAAAUUCUACCCCGAGGAUGUCGCAGACGAACUUAUCCAGGAGAUCACACUCAAACUGUUCUACCUUCAGGUAAAGAACGCGAUCCUAUCGGAUGAAAUAUACUGCCCGCCGGAGACGUCAGUACUACUAGCGUCGUACGCAGUGCAGGCGCGGCACGGGGACCACAACCCCGCCGUGCACGGCCCCGGCUUCCUCGCCAACGACCGCUUGCUGCCCCAGCGUGUCACCGACCAACAUAAGAUGUCCCGCGAGGAGUGGGAGCAGAGCAUCACGAACUGGUGGCAGGAGCACCGCGGCAUGCUGCGCGAGGACGCCAUGAUGGAGUACCUGAAGAUUGCACAGGACCUGGAGAUGUACGGAGUCAACUACUUCGAGAUCCGCAACAAGAAAAACACGGAGCUGUGGCUCGGUGUAGACGCGCUCGGUCUGAACAUCUACGAAAAGGAUGACAAACUUACGCCCAAAAUCGGUUUCCCUUGGUCAGAAAUCCGUAACAUAUCAUUCAACGACCGCAAGUUUAUAAUCAAGCCGAUCGACAAGAAGGCGCCAGACUUCGUGUUCUUUGCUCCGCGCGUGCGCGUGAACAAGCGCAUCCUGGCACUGUGCAUGGGCAACCACGAGCUCUACAUGCGUCGCCGCAAGCCUGACACCAUCGACGUGCAGCAGAUGAAGGCUCAGGCGAGGGAGGAGAAGCUGGCCAAGCAGGCGCAGAGAGAAAAACUCCAAUUGGAAAUCGCAGCCCGUGAGCGCGCAGAAAAGAAACAACAAGAGUACGAGGACCGACUGCGGCAAAUGCAGGAGGAGAUGGAGCGCUCACAGGCCAACUUGUUGGAGGCGCAGGAAAUGAUCCGACGUCUCGAAGAACAGCUGCGCCAGCUGCAGGCCGCCAAGGAAGAGCUCGAGCAGCGCCAGAACGAGCUGCAAGCCAUGAUGCAACGCCUCGAGGAGACUAAGAACAUGGAAGCGGCGGAGCGUCAGAAGCUGGAGGACGAGAUCCGCGCCAAGCAGGAGGAGGUGUCGCGCAUCCAGCAGGAGGUGGAGCUGAAGGACAGCGAGACGCGGCGCCUGCAGGAGGAGGUGGAGCAGGCGCGGCGCCAGCAGGACGAGGCCGCCGCCGCGCUGCUGGCCGCCACCACGCCGCAGCACCACCACGUGGCCGAGGAGCGCGCCGACAAGGACCACGACGCCGACGCCGACGCCGCCUCCGACGCCGGCUCCGAGAGCGGCGGCGGCGGCGACCUGGCGCGCGGGCCCGACGACCUCGUCGACCCCGUCGCCGACCGCCGCACCCUCGCCGAGCGGAACGAGCGUCUCCACAACCAGCUCAAGGCACUAAAGCAAGACUUGGCGCAGUCCCGCGACGAAACCAAGGAGACCGCAAUGGACAAGAUCCAUCGCGAGAACGUCCGCCAGGGACGUGACAAAUACAAGACUCUGCGCGAGAUCCGCAAGGGCAACACCAAGAGACGCGUCGACCAGUUCGAGAACAUGUAGAGCAACUGUCCGCGACACCGGGGCUGAUCCACCACCUACUCCCAGCAUAUCUUCUACUGCCCACUACGAGUCCUUUCUACAUAGUUGUAUAAUACGAUUGUAACUAUUCUUCGUUUUGUGCUAUACGCAUACAUAGAUCAGCUCUCGAGUCGCCACAGGUCGUGGACGACCGUAUAAGAGAUGUAAGCGGAUAAGUUUAGCAAUUGUAGGCUUUACUCUAUUCGCGUAAAGCUUAUAAUUGAGUCGCGCCCUGCACGCGGCCCGACCUAUUCAUUAUCUGAAGUGCCAAAAAUAUAUUUUCAAACAUUCCGUUGAAUUUGACACUUAACCAAGUGGUCAUUGUAUAAACUGGAGACUGUAAGCGGUGCGGGGCGGGUUGGGCCGCGUGCGGGCCACGAUCGUGAUAGUACGUUGAUGAUCGAACGAUAUUUUUAUAUAAUUUUUACACCGUCCAGGCAAUAUAUAUAUCUUUUGCCGUCGUCAAGAGAUUGUCAACUAUAAAGGGUCAUUUGAUUCAGCGGUGCUUACAUAAAGUGUGUACGAACACUCGCUUGUCGGGCGUCGUAGUCGAAACUAACUGUAAAUAUUGAUUAUUAUUACUUAUUAGUAAUUUUAUUUUAGACCGUUGUGCUAUAACCUAAUGAUGUGAACAUUCUAGGGAUCACUUGCUACAGAGAUGUAUGUUUACGAGAGCCAGAUAAAUCAUUAAAUCAAAGCACACA